UAUUUCCUCCUGCUGCUAUCUGUAUUUAUUUUUUCUAAUGUAUUUUGAGUAAUUUGAUGAGUCUAUAUUUUUCUGGGAUUCCUAAAAAAUUCUUCAUGCAUCUACCCAAAUCAUUUCACAUUGUGCUACAGCUCUUCGGUGGGUGCAUUUUUUUCUGCUACAGAAAGCAGUGUGGAAAGAGAACUCUGGUCUCCUCCCCUAGUGCAAGGAAUGGAACCUGUGAGAACAGGCAGCAAGAAGUACAAAGAUCAGAGCUGGAUCUCUCAAUUAUUUAAAAAGAAAACAUGUACGACUUUCUUGCCAGACCCAGACGACAAAAGUGGAGAGCAGUGCCAAUGUGGAUAUUCACGAAGUUGUCACAAAUCUGUGGCAGUGGAGGACAACUUUGGGGCAGCCAUCAUAACUAAAUGGCAUACAUCACAACACACAACAGAGGAGCCCACAGAUGCCUUUGGAGAUGUUGAGUUUGCAGGUGCAGGAAAAAAGUACAGGAAGUUCAUCCGUCUAUCUAGCGAGACUAAUCCAGAAAUAGUCUAUCAUCUCAUUGUAAGCCACUGGAAGAUUCCACCCCCAAAUCUUGUGGUAUCUGUCAUUGGUGGAGGCGUUUCCUCCAACAUGAAAACAAGGGUGAAGGAUAUUCUACGCAAAGGCCUGGUUAAAGCUGCUCAAAGCACAGGUGCUUGGAUCAUAACUGAAGGACUUCGCGUUGGUGCUGGCAAACAUGUUGGCAAGGCAGUACGGGAUCACUCCACUGCCACUACCAGCUCCACUGGGAAGGUUAUUGCUCUAGGAGUCGUGCCAUGGGGACUUGUACACAAUAGAGAAUGCCUCAUAAACCCUAAGGGAUCAUCCCCGGCCAAGUAUAGUUUAACAGAUGUCGAUGGUCCUACGUACUCAUUAGACAGUAAUUACUCAGCCUUCAUGCUUGUGGAUGAUGGAACUAAUCAAAAAGUUGGAGGAGAAAAAUAUUUCCGAGCCCGGUUAGAAGAUUUUAUCUCUCAGCAGAAGACAAAAGGAGGAGCUGUAGGAAGCAUUGAGAUUCCUGUACUCUGCAUGCUAAUAGAGGGAGAACCAAGUAUAUUGGAGAGAGUAUACAAAGCUACAGAACAGAAAGAUAUCCCUUGGCUAAUUCUGGCGGGCUCAGGUGGCAUCGCUGAUUUUCUGUCAGAACUCAUACAGGAAUCUCUGGACCCUGAAGAAGUUAGGGCAGUGGUAACAGAAAGACUGAAAAAGCUUUUCCCUAAUGAAGAGAAUAUCCCACAUCUCACUGAUCUGGUUGAAAAGAUUCUUAAGAACAAGGACUUGCUGACGGUCUAUUCUGAUGAAGAUGGCCAAGAAGAGUUUGAUACUGUCAUACUGAAGUCCCUCGUCAAGGCUUGUAAAAAAUCAAGUAAUGUUGCUGAAUAUUUGGAUGAGUUGAAAUUAGCAGUGGCUUGGAACAGGGCGGACAUUGCCAGCAGUGAGCUUUUCAAAGGAGAUAUCCAGUGGAAGUCUAGUGACCUUGAAGACAGCAUGACAGAUGCUUUGAUUGGAAACAAAAAAGACUUUGUCAAGUUGUUUGUGGACAAUGGGCUAAAUAUUGCAGAGUACUUGACCUAUGGGCGCUUGGAGGAACUUUACUCAUCAGUACCAGAGAACUCACUACUCCACCUUCUCCUUUCCAAGAAACAUGUAGAGUGGAAAGAUUCUAGCAUGAAGGGCCAUGAAUCAACUUUACCUCCAGGCACUAGCAAAGGGCCUACAUUCCGGCUGUACGAGGUGUCAAAGAUCCUAAAAUAUUUUAUGGGCGAUCUUUCCAUACCAUUCUAUACACAUCUUACAGAAAACGGGAAGGCAUACAGUACUAAGAAAAACUCCUAUCACAAUUAUCAGAUGGUAAAAAUGGAUGAAGUUAAUUAUGCGACCAAGCACUCACCAACACCUUGGAUUGAUUUGUUUAUCUGGGCCAUUCUGCAGAAUUUGGGUGACAUGGCCAUAUACUUCUGGGAAAUGCAAGGAAGCGAAUCUGUGGCAUCUGCACUUGCUGCUUGCCGAAUACUAAAAGAGAUGUCACGAAUUGAGUCUGAGGCUGAGAGCUCACAGGCAAUGAAAGACCUGUCAAUCAAAUUUGAGCAGCUGGCCCAAGAUGUUUUCAGUGAAUGCUACAGAAACAGCGAAGACAAAGCUUUUAUCUUACUUGUGCGCCACUCUGUGGUAUGGGGGAAAGCCACGUGUCUUCAGCUCGCAACACAUGCUGAUGCAAGAAAUUUCUUUGCACUGGAUGGUGUGCAGUCAUUGCUUACCCAGAUCUGGUGGGGUGAGAUGGACAGAACUACAGAAGUCUGGAAGUUGUUGCUCACCUUCUUCUGUGCUCCACUGAUGUAUACCAACCUAAUCAAGUUCAAGCAUGCAGAUAAGCUGGAGAUGGUGCAAAACUUAGAACAGGAUGUUGGUGAUGUAGAUGCAAUACUAACAAUGGGCAGCCAGAUGUGCUUAGGUAAUCAAGAUGUUGAUUCUAACAAAGAAGAGGGAAGUGAUGAUGUGAAGAAAGAAAAGCAACCUAAUAAUUUCAAUCCUGAAGUGGCAGCUAUUAAGGAAAGUCCACGUCCAUUUGUAAUGGUGCGCUGGAAACAGUUCUGGAGUGCUCCAGUUACUUCCUUCCUGGGCAAUGUCAUCAUGUAUUUUGCAUUCCUGCUGCUGUUUGCUUACAUCCUGCUCAUGGACUUCAAAGGGCCACCUCCAGAAGGACCAUCUCAAGCUGAGUUUGUCCUCUACUUUUGGGUCUUCACUUUGGUGUGUGAAGAAAUACGGCAGAGUUUUUUCAUUGGGAAAUUGCCGGUGGCUCAGAAACUGAAGCAGUACGUGCUCGAUGUCUGGAACCAGUGCGACAUGACUGCCAUCCUGCUGUUUAUAAUAGGAUUGAUAUGCAGAAUGUUCAAAACAAGUUAUGAUGCAGGGCGAGUAAUCUUCUGCAUUGACUACAUGGUGUUCACACUACGACUUAUUCAUAUAUUCGCUGUCAACAAGCAGCUGGGGCCAAAAAUCAUCAUCGUUGGAAAAAUGAUGAAAGACGUCUUCUUUUUCCUGUUCUUCCUUGGUGUCUGGCUGAUUGCAUAUGGAGUGGCUACACAGAGUCUGUUGUACCCAAGUGAUGGUCGCCUUGAAUGGAUAUUCCGCCGUGUCCUCUACAGGCCGUACUUGCAAAUAUUUGGUCAAAUUCAUCUUGAUGAUAUAGAUGCUGCUCGUAUUGGUAGAAGGAACUGCACCAAUGACCCAGUAGAACUGAUUAAUGGGGAACUGCCACCAUGUGCCAACAUCUAUGCCAACUGGCUGGUGAUUCUUCUACUGGUUAUCUUUCUACUAGUUACCAAUAUUCUACUGCUAAACCUUCUAAUUGCCAUGUUCAGCUAUACCUUCUCUAAGGUCCAGGGAAACAGUGACAUUUACUGGAAGUUUCAGCGCUACAACCUGAUAGUGGAGUACCACAGCCGCCCAGCUCUGGCGCCUCCCUUCAUCAUCCUCAGUCACAUCCAUGUAUUUAUUAAGCGGAAUAUUCGGAAAAAGGCAUCUCUGAAAAGCAAACACUUCAUGUUAGAGUUGACAGAGCAACAAGAUAGUCAGCUUAUGACAUGGGAAGCAGUGCAGAAGGAGAACUACCUUGUACAGCGUGACAGACUGAAGAGGGACAGUGACAGAGAACGCCUCAAGCGAACCUCACAAAAGGUGGAUGGUAUUUUGAAAAACAUGACAGAAAUCAAAGAACAUGAUAGACGGUUAAAAGCCCUGGAAGCAGAGCUGGAUAAGUGCACAGAUGCCCUCACAUGGCUGAUGGAGUCGAUGGCAAACAGUGACUUGAUAAAGAGUUCCAGGCCUCCACCAAAUAUAAAAGAUUAGCAUCAUAUCUGGAACUGUUCUCUUACAUACUGCCACUAGACCAAUAAUGAAGAAGCAAGACCAUGGAGCCCAUGGAAGGUGCUUUGUCUUCCAAGGAUAUUCUGUAAUAUCCAAAAGAGAACUCUGUACUCAAAGCAGUGGGACCAAAUAAAAAUAAGGAUUUCAGUCCGUCGUCUGAAUUCUCAGUGCACAUGCAUCAUUGUUACACAAAGUGCCUUUUGUAAUCAUUAUUAAAGUUGUAACUGCUGUGUUGUUUUAAUUUGUAAUAUUUGUACUACAGAGAUGUGGCUUCAGUACUACAAGAAAUGCCCCGCUCCAGUCCAAACUACCAGUAAUGCAAUCUCGUAUUCCUGAAACUGAGCCUUUUUUCUUGCACUCCUUUGAGAAUUACUUACAUUCCAGGGCAGCACAUUUCAGACACAUUACAGUACAAACUGUAAAAGAUCAUGACUAACAUCAGUAAAAGAAAUACAGAAGAGAAAGUUGCAGCUUAACUGCACGGAUAUUGACUGAACUCCAGCACAACUGCAUGGGCUAUGCACUCUUCAUCCUGCAUGGAGUCCAGAGUUUAUUUCUACGAAUAGACUUCCUAUAUGUCCAGAAUUUCACAUGCCAUAUUUUGCAACUUGUUAAGUCUCUCAAAAGGAUUUUAAUGUUCUUAAAAAUAAAUAACAGAAAAAUAUGUUAAAAUGUAUGUAUGUUUUACCUUAUGCAUGAUGCAGUUGAGACUCAAGUUUUUAAGUGCAUCCAUCUCUCUUUCUCUCACUCUCUGUUUUUCUCUUGCUCUCUGUUUUUCUCUGCCUGUCUUAAUUUCUGGUGUUUCUUUGCUCUUGGCAUAUGACCAGAUGGUCCAAGUUCACUUAAUAACUCAGUCACUAGAAAUGCUUGUUGGUAGGAAAAAGAGGAAUGUUAUGGUGAGGUCUCCUCUCUGAGAGCAUGGUAGGCAGGGUGUGUCCUACUAGAUGCACUCUGCCUACAAUGCCUGGUCAAGAGUGGAAAUAAAAAAGGGUAGUGUCAGUCACAGAAGUGGUCAGCAAGCUCUGUCACCACACCACUGCACACUCAACCCUUGUGACUUUGAGGGCAUGUGCAGAAGAUUAAUGGGUUAAAAAAAACAAACCUUUAAUAUAUAAACAAAAUUAAAUAAACCUUCUGAUGGCCAUCUGGAUGACAGGCUCAGUUCAAUCAUGCUCUAGUCACAUGUUGAGAAAUGAAAAGGUGCUGGUUGGUAGGGUCAGAGAGAGUUGUAUUUAUUUAUUUUUUUUUUAUUUUGUGGAAUUUUGUCAUUGGUUUUCCUGUCUUCUUUCCCUUCAGUGAAUAACAAUCCUUCAAGCCUGCUCAAAUUGACAAACAUUCUUUGCUGGAGAACAAACCCUCCACAGUGCUCCAUAUCAGGAGUGUUUAGCCCUGUGCCUCCCAAAUUUAAUACAACUUUGGGUUCACAAACCAUUGAGGUAAUUUAAAUAAGUUCUCAUAUGAAUUCUGAUUGAUUUCUUGCUUGGGCUCAUAGGAAUAUGGUACAUUGAAAAAUGUAUACUGCCAGUCAAACAAGUAACUGUUUCUGUCUUGUCUAUUGCUCUGCUCAUUAUCACCCGUUCUCUGCCUCUUUCUCUCCCACCUCCCUUUCAUAUUAAAGCACAUAUUCUGCUCCUUCUAAAAUAACCUUCAGUUCCUCAUUUCAUAGGAGAGUGUUAAUGACUCAGUGUGUCAAGAACUGCCAUAUUAUUGUAAUUAGUUAAUUGUAUGGGUUCAGACAAGCUGCGUUUCAGGUAAUUACCUUUCUUGAGUCUUCUUGGAGACAUACAAAGUUCAAUUUAUUUUAUAAUACAGUAUUUAGGAUCAUACUGGGAUGCAUUCCAUUUGAAUUUUGUUUUUAAUGUUGUAAAAUGCUGUACAAAGGCUAACAAUAAAAUUAUUUUAACACUU